AUGGGCUCCCUCAUGCGGGACGUUUCGCAGCUGAUAUGUAGCAGGUCGAGCACGGACUGCAGAUUUCACCAGCCGUUGGUGGUUUUGACAUUCCGUUUAAUUACACAUUACGUUGGAGCAACAUUUUAUCAGAAGAUGGAGCGCCCACCGGCAGAUCCGCUCGCCGAGAGCCGCCCACCGAGCUCGGCGCGGGCCACCUUCGCCAGUGUUCUCUAUCUGGACACGGCGGUGCUUGCGCUCGCACGCCUUCCGACCCUCGCGGGAAGCUUUGCGACGCCGCUUUUGGAUGGGCUCCCUCAUGCGGGACGCGUCGUUGCUAAUGUGUAG